AUGAAUAUUAAAGUAUUAAUUCGAUGGUUGUAUGAAAAAAUAUUGACUUACAAUCUUUUCAUACCUGAAGACAAUGAACAAGUAAAUCAUACACCAACAACUAUUCGACAUCAAAGAUAUGCAACUAGACUCUAUAUUCUUCUACUCAUAUGUAAGUAUAUACGUUUGAAGAUAAUUAUUAUUGUUGGAUGGGAUUUUUUUGUUGUUGUAGUGUCUACGUACAUUAUCUUCUUCACAGUUUUUAUCAAUCCACAAACUGAAAUAAUAACAAUUUCGGAUAUUACUCCAUCGUUAUUCGAUCAACUUCGACAUGAUCAUGGUGAAACACUUUCAUGUCCAUGUUCAACAACAAUAAUAUCCUAUGAAAACUUUGUUCUCAAUACUUUAUUAACAGAUCCAAUUUGUUCAAGUAUUUUUGUUAGUAAACAAUGGAUACAAUCACUCUAUAUACCGAUUGCUAGUUCUUUUCUUAUGAUGGACUUUCGGACAACAGCUUAUUCUCAAUUUGAAUUACUUGCUGCAUUUUGUUUAUAUUCUCAAGAAUUUGUUUCUCAAGUUCUUACUGAUAUUGAUCAACAACAAUUGCUCACCAUUGAACUUCUAGUAGAAGAUGAAGUUCGAUCUCAAGUAAUUGAAAAUAUAAAACUUAUCCGAGCGAAUACAUAUGUACAAACUAGUUCAUCAUUAACUUUCAUGCAAAUAAUAACUCAAUCCAAUUCAUUGAUCUCUGCUUUAAAUACAAAUGCACAUUUGUCAAUAACUACGGGGGACUUGUCAAUACCUGCGAUGAAUGAUAAUGAAACAUUUUUAUUAACUAUAAAUCCAACAAUUUACUAUCGCAAGAAUAUGCCUUUGUUUGUUUUUGAAACGGACAUAUACAGUUGCAACUUAGUGAAUUCACUUGUACCUAGUGGUUUCUAUUCAAUACCAUAUGGCUUUCGUAGUAUUUAUGAUGAGUAUUGGCCUGAUACUAUCUUAUCUCAAACUUCUUCUAACAUUUCU